CAUAUAUAUAUUUAUUACGUUUAAAAAUUAAAUUGUCAAAAUACAAUAAAAUAUAUCUUAAUUAAUAUUUACAUCUAUAUUAAUUUUUUAUAUCACAUUUCUUUAAUUCGAUUUAUUGUACGUAUCUUAUUAAAUAUAUAAAUAAUAUAUUUUGUAAGAAUUAAAAUAUGAAUUUAAAAUAUGAAUUCUGAUGAACACAUUAAAAUGGAUAGAAUGAAAAUUUUUCGGGAAAAAAAUAUGAAUAGUAUGAAUAAUAUGAAUAAUUUGGAAGAAACUCAAAUUAAUGAUGAAAAAAAGCCGAAGAAAAAAAUAACUAUAGUAGUAGAUGAAGAUGAUCCAUGUCUUAAAGAGAGAGAUUUAGAAGAAGAAAAAGAAGAAGUUAGAGAUGUUACUUUCGGUGAAGAUCCAAGAUUUCAACAACAGAAUCAAACGAUACGUUGUUUUGUAAUGUACACCGAUUUCGAUCGUUGUGAAGAGAUUUUAGGAAAAGGAACAGCUACAUGCACAUGGUUCAAACAAGUUUUUCAAUCUAUUUGUCCAAACGAUUGGAUUCGUCGAUGGGAUGAACUUAAAGCUCAGGGCUUAAAAUUUUAACAAAAAUAUAAUACUAAAAAAAUUUUUUGUAAACAAAUAUAUAAUUUAAGUAAAAAAUAGUAAUUUUUCGUUAUAUCCUAUUGAUAAACUUAAUUUUAAAAAUAAAUAAACUCACAAUUAGAAAAAAAUAUUAAUCUUUUAUUAUACAGGUACAAGACUUUUAUGAGGUAACUUAUAUAGAAGUACGAAAUGAAUAUUUGUUGCAAUGUCCGACGUUGGCCGUUCAUAGAGCUGUCUUCAACAAUCGGUCAACAAUUUCUUCUUUUUUCUCAAUUUUUUUUUUUUUUUUUUUUUUUUUUUUUUUUUUUUUUUUUUUUUUUUUUUACAUUAAUCACACUAAUUAUUUGCAGUUUAUAUGACACUUUUUACAUAUGUAAAAAA